AUGGGCACCAAGGUUUCACUGCAGACCAUAUGCCCCACACUGCACAAGGAAGGACUACACGGCUGUCGCCCAAGGAAGACCCCUUUUCUGACUCCGAAGCAUCAUAAAGCUCGACUUGCAUAUGCCAGAGAGCACCGAGACAAGGAUCAACAUUUCUGGUCAUCAGUUCCUUGGUCAGAUGAGACAAAGAUGGAACUCUUUGGCCACGGAGAUGUUUCCUUCGUUUGGCGCAAGAAAGGCGAGGCAUUCAACCCAAAGAACACUGUGCCAACCGUGAAGUUUGGCGGUGGGAGCAUCAUGCUUUGGGGCUGUUUCUCUGCAAGUGGGCCUGGAAAUCUUGUAAAAGUAGAAGGCAUCAUGAAGAAGGAGCAGUACAUCCAAGUUCUGGAAGACAACAUCAGGCAGUCUGCAGAAAAUCUGCAUCUCGACCCCAACUGGACAUUCCAACAGGACAACGAUCCUAAAUAUACUGCAAAGGAUAACAGUGUGGAGAAAUACAAGGAUAUGUGUGACAACAUAUCACAGAAUACUAAUCUGAUGAAAGAUGAACUAGUUAAGAAAGAACAAGAAAUAGAGCGAAUUCAACUGGAAAAUGAAGAACUACAAAAUAGAAUUGGCGAAAUAGAGAAAUCAAAACUGCUAGACUUCCACUCCCCAAACCUAUUCAACAACCUACCAUUGGUAAACAACAAUAACAAGACGUUAUCUCAAACAGCGCUAGAAAAUCAGGAUAAAUAUAAAUUGGUUGAUUAUAGAAAGAAGAACAGAGAAAUACAAACUCUUAUUGUGGGUGACUCAAUGCUGAAAAAUAUUGAUAUAAAACGUAUAUACAAGAAUACACAAAUUAAAACACUACCAGGUCGCAAGAUAAAAGACAUAGAUGAAUAUAUUCAAAGGACAACUAAUGAGAAUAUCCAGAACAUUGUGAUCCAUGUAGGAACCAAUAACAUUUCCGAUGGAUGUACAAUAGAAUCGUGUAUGGAGGAAUAUAGAAAACUGAUUAACAACAUGAAGCAAAAAUAUCCAACAGCCAAAAUAUGCGUAUCAUCAAUAAUACACAGAAGAUAUGAUGUUAACAUAAAUAAGAAUAUAGAUGUUCUUAAUAAGAAGUUAAAAGUAAUGAGUAACAAUGGUGAUAACUAUAUCUACAUAGACAAUGAUAACAUCAGUUACAUAACCCACCUAUAUGAUACUGUGCACCUGAAUAAACGUGGGACAGCUGUCUUUGUGAAAAAUAUGAAAGAUGUGAUUGGACCACUAAUCGGUGUCACAAGACAAAUAAACAAGCCAGGAUACAGUAGCCAAUGGAAAGAAAAAAAGAAUAACAGAAGUACAAGAAUUAAUAAUGCAGUUAAGGAUUUUAAUACUAUGAUAGAUAAUGCGGCAGGCAAUAUUUUUAACAGGAAAACUAAUAAGUGUGCAAAAGUUAAACAUAAACAUAAUAAGAGAUGGUUUGACAAAGAAUGUUCAUCAACCAAGAUGCAAGUUCAACAAGUACCGUCCUCUGUGGUAACAACACAAGUUAUCCAAUCUGAGAUCACUACACAGAACCAACAACAGAAUGGAGAUAGACCACGAUUUGCUCAUAAAACUGCUAAGGCAUUUGGAAUUUGUCAGAUAAUAUUUGGUGGAUUGGCUAUGAUAUUUGGUUUUGUUGCUAUAUCACUGAACAAUGUCAUGGCGAAUGGUGGUGUACCCAUAUGGUGUGGUGCCUUGUUCAUAGUUACUGGAAUUAUUGGUGUUGUAUCAUCAGUUCAGAAGACCACUGGAAUAAUUGUUGCUUCUAUGGUGAUGAGCAUAAUUUCAGCAACAUUCAGUGGAACAGUACUUCUCAUUAUAAGCAGCAUUGCAUGUGGUUUGGAAAGAUACGAGUACUGCUAUUAUUAUCAUCAGUCAUGUGACAAUGGAGUGAGAAAACGACAAAUAAUUGAUGGUAUGGUUAUAUUACUAUCUAUUGUGGAAGCAAUCAUUGCUAUUAUAAACUCUGCGUUAUGCUGUCGUGCUGUAUGCUGUGGAAGAUCACAAACUGUAAAUUCACAACCCAUGAUGUAUUACAUUCCAAACCCACAGACGAAUGCUCCUUAUCAGGUUCCCAUGGCAACUGGAAUGGUUCAACAAGCACAGCCGACUGUGAUGAUGUUACCUCCUGGAGUUCAGAUUGUUGGUCCUUCACAAGGUCCACAACCAAGUUAUGGGCAACCACAGUAUGGACAGCCACAGUAUGGACAAUCACAGCAUGGACAACCACAGUAUGAACAACCACAGUAUUAUCAACCACAGCAGCAGUUCCAAUUUGUACCACAGCCUACUGCUUCUGCACCACCAGAUUAUAGUAGCACUGUACAAGUGGGAGGUGUAGGAAAUACUGGAAUUGAUACUAAGUCAUCUUCCCUUGCCGAUCCUCAAAUAAUGCAAUCAAACCAAUCACAGCCGAACCAACACCAAGAACAACCCCAAAUAGGACAUCAUGGAACAAGGCCUGGUUUUGCACAUAACACUGUUAAAGCACUGAGCAUAAGCCAGAUUGUCUCUGGAGUGGCAGCAAUAAUAUUUGCAGUUGUUGCUAUUAUAGUAUCUACUUUUAUGGCACAUAUAGGAACAGGAAUAUGGUGUGGAAUCUUAUUUAUAAUUGCUGGGAUAAUUGGUGUUAUGUCAUCAUUUAAGAAAACCACUGCACUGGAUUCACAGCAUGCAGUUGAUAGCAUCAUCAUAUUCCUCGCUGUUUGGGAAGCAGUUACUGCAGUUAUAAACUCAGUCAUUUGUUGUCGAGCUGUAUGUCAUGAACAGAAGACAAAAACUGUAAAUGUACAUCCCUUAAUGGAAGAGGAUCAUUGUAACCAUGAACGAGAAUACCUGCAAUCACAAUAUCGUAGAACUUGGCAUAGUUUUGAGCACGAAACCGCUAAAUUCUUGGGUAUAUGUCAGAUAGUGUCUGGUGGAGUGGCAAUACUACUUGCAACUAUGCUAGUAGCGUUUUCUACUCGUGUAGAAUUAGGCACUGGUAUAUGGUCUGGAAUAUUAGUUACAGCAGUUGUGAUUAUGUCUGUUAUCAGUUCAUUUCUGGCAGCAGGACUUUUUAUUGGUUUGAUAGUUAUGAUUGCUAGAUUGCGAUCUGUCUAUGACACUAUUAGCUGUGAAGACAGCUGUCAGGAUACUAAGGGUCUUGCUUAUGGAAUUAUUGGUUUCAUGAUCUCUAUGACUUCAUUGGAAUGUGCUGUUGCAAUCCAGACUGCAUCCUUGAGUGGUGGUUGGUAUUUCUACGACACACAUGAUAAGGUUACAGCAGUUGUGAUUAUGUCUGUUAUCAGUUCAUUUUUGGCAGCAGGACUUUUCAUUGGUUUGAUGGUUAUGAUUGCUAGAUUGGAAUCUGUCUAUGACACUAUUAGCUGUGAAGACAGCUGUCAGGAUACUAAGGGUCCUGCUUAUGGAAUAAUUAGUUUCGUGAUCUCCAUGACUUCAUUAGAAUGUGGCGUUGCAAUUCAGGCUACAUCCUUGAGUUGUGGUUGGUAUUUCUAUGACACACAUGAUCAGGUCACCAACGAAACAGAAGAAGAAGACGCAAUGCUACCUUAA